ACUUUCCGGAGACGUUGCUUACAUUUUUCGUCCUUGCCCCUAUUUACCCUUAUUUUUCUCAACUUUUUUUAAACGUGUACGAUUUUGCUUUAAAACACGAUAGGGCAAUGAAUUUAUGUUAUCCGCAUCAAAUAAUGGUGUCGUGUUCGAAAACAAGUCUUUCCAGAGACGUUGCUUACAUUUUUCGUUCUUGCCCCUAUUUACCGUUAUUUUGCUUGACUUUUUUAAACGUGUAUGAUUUUGCUUCAAAACACGAUGAGUUGAUAAAUAUAAGUUAUCCACAUCAAAUAAUGGUGCCGUGUUCGAAAACAAGUCUUUCAGGAGACGUUGCUUACAUUUUUCAUUCUUGCCCCUAUUUACCCUUAUUUUCCUCGACUUUUUUUAAACAUGUACGAUUUUGCAUCAAAACACGAUGGGGCGAUAAAUAUAUGUUAUCCAACUCAAAUAAUGGUGCCGUGUUCGAAAACAAGUCUUUCUGGAGACGUUUCUUACAUUUUUUGGUCUUUCCCUUAUUUACCUUAUAUUCCUCAACUUUUUUAAAUGUGUACAAUUUUUCUUCAAAACACGAUGGGGUGAUAAAUAUAUGUUAUCCACAUCAAAUAAUAAUGCCGUGUUCGAAAACAAGUCUUUCCGGAGACGUUACUUACAUUUUUCAUUCUUGCCCCUAUUUAACCUUAUUUUCCUCGAAUUUUUUAAACGUGUACAAUUUUGCUUCAAACCACGAUGGGGCGAUAAAUAUAUGUUAUCCACAUCAAAUAAUGGUGUCGUAUUCGAAAACAAGUCUUUCCGGAGAUGUUGCUUAUAUUUUUCGUUCUUGCCCUUAUUUUGUUGGAACCCACGAGGAUCUCGAUAUGCACAAAUCACGGACAAACAUUCAACAUAAACCUAUGCGCAGCGGAUCUAAAG